UGAUAUAAAAGCAGCCGGGCGGCCCCUUCUUUUCCCAUUCUGUUACUUACAUCGACUCUUAGCUUGUCGGGAGAAGUAACAUCUGAGAUUUUAUUUUUCCCCCUUCCUUCCCUUCUCUUGUUUCUUGCAAUCCUUCCUCUUCAGCACCAUGCGUGAGUGCAUCUCCAUCCACGUUGGCCAGGCCGGUGUCCAGAUUGGCAAUGCCUGCUGGGAGCUCUACUGCCUGGAACAUGGUAUCCAGCCGGAUGGGCAGAUGCCCAGUGACAAGACGAUUGGGGGCGGAGACGACUCCUUCAACACAUUCUUCAGUGAGACGGGAGCUGGCAAGCACGUCCCCAGGGCCGUCUUUGUGGACUUGGAGCCAACAGUAAUUGAUGAAGUGCGCACUGGAACUUACCGCCAACUCUUCCAUCCCGAGCAGCUCAUCACUGGCAAGGAGGAUGCUGCCAACAACUAUGCCAGGGGCCACUACACGAUUGGCAAAGAGAUCAUUGACUUGGUCCUUGAUAGGAUCAGGAAGCUGGCGGACCAGUGCACGGGUCUCCAGGGCUUCCUGGUCUUCCACAGCUUUGGGGGUGGCACCGGCUCUGGCUUUACUUCCUUGCUGAUGGAGCGCUUGUCUGUCGACUAUGGCAAGAAGUCCAAGCUGGAGUUCUCAAUCUAUCCAGCUCCACAAGUCUCCACGGCUGUCGUUGAGCCCUACAACUCCAUCCUGACCACUCACACCACCCUAGAACACUCCGACUGCGCCUUCAUGGUGGACAAUGAAGCCAUCUAUGACAUCUGCCGCAGGAAUCUCGACAUUGAGCGCCCCACAUAUACCAACCUCAACCGCCUUAUCAGCCAGAUUGUGUCCUCUAUCACAGCCUCCCUGCGAUUUGACGGUGCCCUGAAUGUAGACCUGACAGAAUUCCAGACCAAUCUGGUGCCCUAUCCCCGUAUCCACUUCCCACUGGCUACCUAUGCCCCCGUCAUCUCUGCUGAGAAAGCUUACCAUGAACAGCUUUCUGUAGCAGAGAUCACCAAUGCUUGCUUUGAGCCAGCCAACCAGAUGGUGAAAUGUGACCCUCGCCACGGUAAAUAUAUGGCCUGUUGCCUGUUGUACCGAGGCGAUGUUGUUCCCAAAGAUGUCAAUGCUGCUAUUGCCACCAUCAAGACCAAACGUAGCAUCCAGUUUGUGGACUGGUGCCCUACUGGUUUCAAGGUUGGCAUCAAUUACCAGCCCCCCACCGUGGUCCCCGGGGGUGACCUGGCCAAAGUGCAGCGUGCUGUCUGCAUGCUGAGCAACACCACAGCCAUUGCUGAGGCCUGGGCCCGCCUGGACCACAAGUUUGACCUGAUGUAUGCCAAGCGUGCCUUUGUCCACUGGUACGUUGGGGAGGGGAUGGAGGAAGGGGAGUUCUCGGAGGCUCGGGAGGACAUGGCUGCCCUAGAGAAGGAUUAUGAAGAGGUUGGAGUGGAUUCUGUUGAAGGAGAGGGUGAAGAGGAAGGAGAGGAAUAUUAAACCUGCUCCCUUACAUCUUUCUGCUGCAUGGUUCAUCUCCAUGAUAUUUUCAGCUUCAAAAUUAGCUUACUUGUUAACUGAGGCAGUGUUGCUAUGAAGUGCAGCAGUCUUUACUAGGAUGUCUUGCCAUUCCACUAUGUGAUCAUGUCCAUUUUCCAUGUCUCUUUAAAGUUAUCAUCGUGACUGUGAAAUAAAAGGCUUUAAAAAUGUU